CGAGGCGGGGAGGCGGCGGCGGCGGCGGCGGCGGCAAAGCCGGUUGCCCAAGACGGAGUCCCCAUGGGGAACGCUCCGAGUCACAGCAGUGAAGACGAAGCGACAGCCGCUGGCGGCGAAUCCUGGAGCCCACACCAGGAUUGGGCCGCGGACUCGGGCACAACCCCCGGCCCGGGCCCCGCGGCCCCUGCGCUACCGCUCGCCGCGGCGCUGCUGGAACCGGCCCGGCUACGAGAGGCGGCGGCUGCGCUGCGGCCCAUGCCACCCUGCGAGUCGCUGGUGUCGAGGCACCACGGCGCGCUGUUGCGCUGGUUGGAAGAGCGGCUGGGCCGCGGCGAAGAGUCCGUCACUCUGGAGCAGUUUCGGGAGCUGCUGGAGGCUCGCGGCGCCGGCUGCUCUGGCGAGCAGUUCGAAGAGGCCUUUGCACAGUUUGAUGCUGAGGGUGAUGGCACAGUUGAUGCUGAGAACAUGUUGGAGGCCCUGAAGAAUUCCAGUGGAGCUAAUCUUCAGGGGGAGCUGAGCCACAUCAUCAGACAACUGCAGGCUUGUUCUCUUGUUCCAGGUUUCAUAGACAUAUUUUCAGAGUCCAAAGAGGGCCUGGGUGUUCACUCUUCCAUGAUCCUGCGCUUCCUGCAUCGCAACCGCAUCUCUAGCACAGUGAUCCCCUACCCGAUGCUGGACCACUGCAAUAACAUGAGCUCCAUGAGGUCGUCUGUUCUAAAGGAGUCACUGGAUCAACUUAUACAAAAAGAAAAGGAAAGCCCUGGAGAUUUAACAAGAAGCCCAGAGAUGGAUAAGCUUAAGUCAGUAGCAAAGUGUUAUGCUUAUAUAGAAACAUCCUCCAACCCUUCAGACAUUGACAAGAUGACAAAUGGAGAAACGUCAUCCUACUGGCAGUCAGAUGGCAGUGCCCGCUCACACUGGAUUCGUUUAAAAAUGAAGCCCGAUGUUGUGCUUAGGCACCUCUCCAUUGCUGUGGCUGCCACUGACCAGAGCUACAUGCCACAGCAGGUGACAGUAGCUGUGGGGAGGACUGCCAGUGAUCUUCAGGAAGUCAGAGAUGUGCACAUCCCCAGCAACGUCACUGGCUAUGUGACACUGCUGGAAAACGCCAACAUCAGUCAACUUUAUGUGCAGAUCAACAUAAAACGGUGUCUUAGUGAUGGAUGUGACACUAGAAUUCACGGUCUGAGGGCUGUUGGAUUUCAGAGAGUCAAGAAAUCUGGAGUCUCCGUCUCAGAUGCUUCUGCAAUAUGGUACUGGUCCCUGCUAACAUCUCUGGUGACGGCUUCCAUGGAGACAAACCCAGCCUUUGUCAAAACAGUGCUGAACAACACUCAGAAGGCACUGCAGCACAUGCCUCCACUGUCCCUCUCGCCAGCAUCUACCGAUUUCUCAACGUUCCUGUCUCCCAGUGUUCUUGAAGAAGUGGACAGUUUCCUCAUAAGGAUAACUAGUUGCUGUUCUACUCCAGAGGUGGAACUGACUCUUCUGGCUUUUGCACUUGCAAGAGGAAGUGUUGCCAAAGUGAUGAGCUCGCUCUGUACCAUCACUGACCACCUGGACACACAGUAUGAUGCCUCAUCCCUCAUCUCAGCCAUGGCAUCAGUUAGGCAGAACCUGCUCCUGAAAUAUGGUAAACCUCUCCAGUUGACUCUUCAGGCAUGUGAUGUCAAAGGGAAAGAAGAUAAGUCAGGACCUGAAAACCUCCUUGUUGAGCCCUGGACAAGGGACGGUUUUCUUACAGAAACUGGAAAAACCCGAGCAAGUACAAUUUUUUCUUCAGGCUCUGAGUCUGCCUUCCAGGUCACACAGAUCCGAAUUAUGGUUCGACGUGGGGGCAUUGGUGCCCAGUGUGGACUGGUGUUUGCCUAUAAGUCACCAUCUGAUAAAUUUCAUGCAGAAGAACACUUCAAAAGGUUUGAAAAAUAUGACAAGUGGAAGCUUAAGGAGUUCAGGCAAUUUGUAAAAAGCAGGAUUGGUUGCUCAUCUGAUGACCUUGGAGAGGAUGAUCCUAUUGGCUGGUUUGAGCUGGAAGAAGAGUGGGAUGAAGCAGAUGUCAAGUUGCAACAGUGCAGAGUUGCGAAAUAUUUGAUGGUCAAGUUCCUGUGUACCCGUGAGGAAUCUGCGGAGCGCCUGGGAGUACAAGGCCUGAGCAUCAGCGGCUACCUCCGGCCCGCCAGAGCUGACGCAGAACUGAGCGCCGUCUGUGCUCACUGCAGAAAGGACUCCAAGGAGAGUGUCUGUGGGGCGACGCUCCUACUCAAGACACUUCAGUUCAUCCAGCAGCUCGCCCAUGACCUGGUACAGCAAAAGGAAGGUGGCUUAAAACAUAAAUCAUUCCUGGAUUUUUCAGGCCUUGAUCUGCAGAUCUUCUGGAAUUUUUAUAGUAAAUUAAAGCAAAACCCACAAGAAGAAUGCAUCUGUGCUGAAACCCUGCUUCUGCAACUGCUCCAGAGCUGCUGCUCCGUGCUGCAGGGAGAUGUGCUAGCUGUUUCUGAGGAGGAAAAGGCUUCCAACCAGAACCCCGAAAGGACGGAGGCUGCCAAGGAGCUCUACACACACUUGUGUGAUGUGAUUGAUAGGGUCAAUGAAGACUCUGUGCUCAUGGAAAUAUUAAAACAAGAAGUCAAAAAUACCCUUCUCAAUGGGGCUGCCAUCUUCUUUCCUGAUCGACAGAUCCGGCGGGACCAUCUCUUCACCAUGAUGAAUGUCACUGAGCAAGAGCACAAGCAGUCCCUGCAGCUAACUUUCCGCUCACUGUGCACGUAUUUUAGUGAUAAGGACCCGGGUGGCCUUCUGCUUCUACCUGAGAAAAGUGACCUGGCUGACUUGAGCAUUGGUGAAGUCCUGGCAGUCAUGAACACUCUCCUCUCUGUCGCUGCUCGAGAGUGUGAGCUGCUGAUGCUCAAUGGUGCCCAAGGGGAAGUGGGCUCUGUGCUUUUCUCCUUGUACUGGUCUGUCCAGGGCAGCCUGUUCUCCUGGUGCUACCUGCAGCUGAAGAGCACAGACACCAGAGCCAAAGAGGUGGCCGUUGACCUUCUUGAAAAAUAUGUGCAACAGUUUCUGGCAAGGAUGGCGGUAAUUUUGGAAUCCCUUUUGUCGCAGUACAGUGGGAAAAUUAUAGUAGAAAAAUUAUGUAAUUCUGUGUUUUCGAUGGCAGCUCGUCAACUGGUAAUCUUCCUGCUGGACUUCUGCCCUUUAGACAUUUCACACUGCACUCUGCUGCGAGAGUUCAGUACCAUGAUAGAAUUGCUAAAGAAGCUCUGCAGCGACCCUGAGGGAGGGUUGACUAAGCUGGAGGUUGAGACUUGGCAGCAAGAACAGCCUGUGGUGUUACAUACAUGGACUAAGGAAUCUGCCCACAACUACGAAAAUAAUUGCCAUGAGGUGUCUGUCUUCGUUAGUCCAGGGGCAACCUAUUUUGAGGUGGAAUUUGAUGAGAGGUGUGAAACUGAAAAAAGGUAUGAUUAUCUGGAAUUUACCGAUGCCAGAGGUGGGAAAACACGCUAUGACACAAAAGUAGGCACUGAUAAAUGGCCCAAGAAAGUGACCUUUAAGGCUGGUCCUCGGCUCCAGUUCCUCUUCCACUCUGACAGCAGUAAUAAUGAGUGGGGCUACAAGUUCACCGUCACUGCCUAUGGCCUGCCCGAUGUCGCUGUUUCUUGGGGAUUGGAUUUGCAACUCCUUGUUUCCCGACUGAUGGGACGCCUUGCUUCUCAGUGCAUGGCACUCAAGUCUGCUCGUCAGUUAGGAAGUAACAUAGCAGUACCUCAGGCAAAAAUGGCAUUGGUCCUAAACUCGCCCUUGUGGAAACCUGUCUUCAGGCACCAGAUCUGUCCAGAGUUGGAAUUAGAUGCACAUUGGCCCACUCAUCUACACCAGGAGAAUAAGGAGGUUAAGAACAUUCCUGACAAUCCCUGCCACAAAUUUCUUCUUGAUUUUGCACAGUCAGAUCCUGCUCAGAAUUCCUGUGGGCCAAAUGCAGAGCUUUUCAAAGGAUUUAUACAGGCAUGUAGAAAGCAGGCCCCAAAGACAGAUAUAGUUGCUGGUUCUACUAUUGAUCAAGCUGUGAACGCCACGUUUGCUGCUCUGGUGUAUCGCACUCCAGACUUAUAUGAGAAGCUGCAAAAAUAUGUAAACAGCGGGGGCAAGACAGCCCUGAGCGAAGAGUUUGCACAGGUGUAUUCCUUGGCUGAUGGGAUUAGGAUAUGGAUGUUAGAGAUGAAGCAGAGGUCCCUGAUGGGACUGGGGAAUGAGGCGGAAGAAAAACACGAUUCCGAAACGAACGAGACAAAUCCUGAGAGCCUAUCAAGAGAGUGUAUUCAGAAGAGUCUUCUGUUACUGAAAUUUUUGCCCAUGGAUGUAAGUUCAAAAGAAAGUUGUGACAAAUUAGUUACUGCUGAUGAAGCUGAUUCUCUCCAGCCACUUGACGAGCGCCAGAGGACAAGCUCAGUGGCUGAAGAGCACUGUCAAGCCUCGGUGUCUCCCACUGAACCAGCCACCCCGGUGCCAGCGGACAGGAGGCCUGGCCUGGACGUCCAGCCGAAGCUGCUGCCAGGCAGUGGCCCUUUGCCUGCAGAGGUGUCCCCUGCCUCAGCCGAAGAGCCCUCCUCGCCUUCCACACCCACCCGUCGGCCUCCCUUUACCCGAGGGCGACUCCGGCUGCUCUCCUUCCGAUCCAUGGAAGAGGCCAAACCAGUGCCCACGGUGAAAGAGAAGUACCCUGUGCUGAGGGACGUCAUGGACUUCAUUAAAGACCAGUCGCUCUCACAGGAGAGUGUUAUACAGGUGCUUUCUUUGAAGAAAGCCCAAGCCCAGAGCAUCCUUGAAGUACUGCGGAUAAUACAGUAUUGUGCAGAAUCCCUUGGACAGCCUCAUUGCUUCCAUCCGCCUUUUAUAGUUUUCCUGUUAGAACUUCUGACCUGCCAGAAAGAGUUCACCAAUUACUUUGGACACUUGGAAGCCUGUGGUGCAGAGCUACACAAAGAGAUUCGAGAAACUUACUAUCAGCUUGUUCUGUUUUUGGUCAAAGCAAUUAAAGAAUUCACUAGCAUAAAUGACAGGUCCUUGCUGCCUGCCCUGUCCUGUGUACAGACUGCACUGCUCCACCUUCUGGAUAUGGGUUGGGAACCCAGGGAUCUCUCCUUCUUUGUUGAUAUUCAGUUACCAGAUCUCCUCAUGAACAUGUCACAAGAAAAUAUAAGUGUCCACGACAGUGUGAUCAGCCAAUGGAGUGAAGAAGAUGAGCUUGCUGAUGCCAAGCAGAAUUCAGAAUGGAUGGAUGAGUGUCAGGAUGGCAUGUUUGAGGCCUGGUAUGAAAAAAUAGCCCAGGAAGAUCCCGAGAAGCAGAGGAAAAUGCACAUGUUUAUUGCUCGCUACUGUGACCUGUUAAAUGUGGACAUCUCUUGUGAUGGUUGUGAUGAGAUUGCCCCCUGGCACCGCUAUCGGUGUCUGCAGUGCAGCGACAUGGAUCUCUGCAAAACUUGUUUCCUAGGUGGGGUCAAACCGGAGGGCCAUGGGGAUGACCAUGAGAUGGUCAACAUGGAGUUUGCCUGUGACCACUGCCAGGGUCUGAUCAUUGGCCGGAGGAUGAAUUGCAAUGUGUGUGAUGACUUUGAUCUUUGCUACGGAUGCUAUGCAGCAAAGAAGUACUCCUAUGGCCAUUUGCCUACCCACAGCAUCACAGCCCAUCCGAUGGUGACCAUUCGGAUCAGCGACCGGCAGACACUCAUCCAGCCCUACAUCCACAAUUACUCCUGGCUGCUCUUUGCUGCCCUGGCACUUUACAGUGCCCACCUGGCCAGUGCAGAGGACGUAGAUGGGGAGAAGCUGGGCUCCCAGGCCCACAACAGUGCCACCAUCCUGCGGAGCCAGUGUGUGCAGCUGGUCGGAGACUGUCUGAUGAAGGCUCACCAAGGAAAAGGUCUUAAAGCACUAGCUCUUCUUGGCAUAUUGCCAGAUAGUGAAUCCAGCUCAGAAAAUUCAUCCCUGCCAGUCCCAGUGCCCACCUGCACAUCAGAGGAGCAGCUGGAAAGGAAAGCUGUCCAGGCUGCUGAGGAGCCAUCAGAGGCCGGCUCUUUUGUGCACUACAAUGAAAAGGGAGGUGUUCAUAAAGAAAUCAGACUUUCAGACUGCAAGCAGAGAAACAAGGCAGAUGGAAGUGUUUUAUUAAUGAAGGAUCCUUCCUGCCAGGCCCGAACUUCAGAUUCACCAGCAGAUACUAAUACACCUCCAGGAAUUAUAGAUGCUGAAAAUUCAGAAGGAUCGUCUCCGAAGCCAGUACAAGGAAAGGCAAUUACUCCCAGCCCUGAGCAGGUGUUUGCAGAAUGCUCCCAGAAGAGGAUUUUGGGAUUGCUAGCAGCCAUGUUGCCUCCUUUAAAAUCGGUUCACGCAGGCCCCCUGAUAGACCUGGAGCACGUCCUCCCACUCAUGUUCCAGGUGGUCAUCUCAAACGCAGGCCACCUGAAUGAAACCUACCACCUCACACUGGGACUUCUGGGCCAGUUGAUCAUCCGCCUCUUACCAGCAGAGGUGGAUGCUGCAGUGGUCAAGGUCCUCUCAGCGAAACACAACCUGUUUGCAUCAGGAGACAGUCCCAUCGUGCCAGAUGGCUGGAAGACCACCCACCUGCUCUUCAGCCUGGGAGCUGUGUGUUUGGACAGCCGGGUGGGCUUAGACUGGGCAUGCUCCAUGGCAGAGAUCCUGCGGUCACUCAACAGUGCUCCACUGUGGCGUGACGUCAUUGCCGCCUUCACAGACCACUGCAUCAAACAGCUACCUUUCCAGCUGAAGCACACCAACAUCUUUACCCUGCUCGUGCUGGUCGGCUUCCCCCAGGUCCUCUGUGUGGGGACCCGCUGUGUUUAUAUGGAUAAUGCCAAUGAGCCACAUAGUGUGAUCAUCCUGAAGCACUUCACUGAGAAGAACCGGGCUGUCAUCGUCGAUGUCAAAACCCGGAAAAGAAAAACAGUGAAGGACUAUCAACUGGUCCAGAAGGGAGGUGGACAGGAAUGCAGUGACUCUCAGGCCCAGCUGAGCCAGUACUCCCAGCACUUUGCCUUCAUCGCCAGUCACCUUCUGCAGACCAGCAUGGACAGCCAUUGUCCCGAGGCUGUGGAAGCAACAUGGAUCCUGUCCCUGGCACUCAAAGGGUUGUACAAAACACUCAAGGUUCAUGGUUUUGAAGAGACACACGCUACCCUCCUCCAGACAGAUCUGCUGAAACUUCUGGUGAAAAAAUGCAGCAAAGGGACCGGUUUUAGUAAAACGUGGCUCCUCCGUGACCUGGAGAUUCUGUCCAUCAUGCUGUACUCCUCGAAAAAGGAGAUCCACACCUUGGCAGAGCAUGGAGCCCUAGAGCUGAAUGAGCGAGGGGACCAGGAGGAGGAGAUGGAGCACUCAGUCAGCAGUCCCAGUGAAACCGAGCAGAAAAAGCUAGAUCCGCUUGAAAGCCUGGAUGAACCCACCAGAAUAUGUUUCUUGAUGGCUCACGAUGCCCUCAGUGCCCCUCUGCACGUUCUCCGGGCCAUAUACGAACUGCAGAUGAAACGAACCGAUUCUUUCUUCCUGGAGGUUCAAAAGAGGUUUGAUGGCGAUGAGCUCACGACUGAUGAGAGGAUCCGGACCCUGGCUCAGAGGUGGCAGCCUAGCAGGAGUCUGAGACUGGAAGAGCAAAGUGCAAAAGCCGUGGAUACGGACAUGAUUAUCUUGCCAUGCUUGUCCCGGCCAGCACGCUGCGAUCAGGCCACUGCUGAAUCAAAUCCCGUGACCCAGAAGCUCAUCUCCAGCACGGAGAGUGAGCUGCAGCAGAGCUACGCCAAGCAGCGCCGCAGCAAGAGUGCCGCCCUCCUGCACAAGGAGCUCAACUGCAAGACCAAGAGGGCUGUCCGCGACUACCUCUUCCGCGUGAACGAGGCCACAGCUGUUCUCUAUGCCCGCCACGUUCUGGCGUCCCUGCUCGCCAAGUGGCCGGAGCACGUCCCAGUGAGUGAGGACAUCCUGGAGCUGAGCGGCCCUGCCCACAUGACCUAUAUCUUGGAUAUGUUCAUGCAGCUGGAAGAAAAGCAACAGUGGGAGAAGAUCCUGCAGAAGGUGCUCCAAGGCUGCCGAGAGAACAUGCUGGGGACCAUGGCCCUGGCUGCCUGUCAGUUCAUGGAGGAGCCGGGAAUGGAGGUGCAAGUGAGAGAGUCGAAACACCCAUACAGCAACAACACCAACUUCGAGGAUAAAGUCCACAUUCCUGGUGCAAUCUACCUCUCAAUCAAAUUUGAUUCUCAGUGCAAUACAGAGGAAGGCUGUGACGAGCUGGCCAUGUCCAGCAGCAGUGACUUUCAGCAGGACCGACACAGUUUCAGUGGGUCGCAACAGAAAUGGAAAGAUUUUGAGCUUCCAGGAGAUACUCUGUAUUACCGAUUUACCUCUGACAUGAGCAACACCGAGUGGGGCUACAAAUUCUCAGUGACGGCCGGCCACCUGGGGCGCUUCCAGACAGGAUUUGAGAUUUUGAAGCAGAUGCUAUCAGAAGAAAGAGUUGUGCCUCAUCUUCCGUUGGCCAAAAUCUGGGAGUGGCUGGUGAGUGUCGCCUGUCGCCAGACUGGACAUCAGCGGUUAAAAGCCAUCCACUUGCUUCUGAAGAUUGUGCGAUGCUGUUCCCACAGUGACCUCUGUGACCUCACGUUGUUAAAGCCGCUGUGGAAGCUCUUCACCCACAUGGAAUACAGCCUGUGUGAGGACGGCACGCGGCCCGGCAUCCUCCUCCCCCUGCACCGCGCCCUCACUGAGCUCUUCUUUGUCACUGAGAACCGUGCCCAGGAGCUUGGCUUGCUGCAGGAUUACCUGCUGGCCUUAACCACCGACGACCACCUUCUCCGGUGUGCAGCACAGGCUCUGCAGAACAUUGCUGCUGUCAGCCUGGCCAUCAACUACCCAAACAAGGCCACCCUGCUCUGGAAUGUCGAGUGUUAG